GACUAUCUCCAAUCCCAUCCACCCUCAGCAGCUCCAGCGACCCGCAGGCACAAAAAAAUCUCCCCCUCGAUAGCGCCACACCUCGCCGCCUACUGCUGCCCGCUGUUGUCCGGGAGCGAGCGAGCGAGCCUAGCACGGUAGGGGGUAGCUCCGACGACCGGGGAAAAAUCUAACCACAGAGCAGACGAGCAUAGCCGGAGAAGGAAGCAGGGGGAGAGCAUAUAGGCAGCCUCGAAGAAAGAAAGAGCGUCGGGGAGUGAUGGGGCAGUUCAGGGCGGCGGCGGGAGGCGGCGGAGACUGCCUGAUCAAGCUCUUCGGCAAGACCAUCCCCGUGCCGGACGCCGGCGCCGGAGACGUCGACAAGGACCUUCAGCACAGAGGAAGCACCACGGCUGAACCGAAAGUACAAGAAAGCGCCCCACAGGACUCCACGGGCUCGCCUCCGCAGCCGGAGGUUGUGGACGUCGAGGAUCCAUCUGCUGUCAAGAACUCAGCAGCAGAUCAACAAGAAGAAGAAGAAGAACAGAGUGACACGGCCAACCAGAAGGAGAAGCUCAAGAAGCCUGACAAGAUCCUGCCCUGCCCACGCUGUAGCAGCAUGGACACCAAGUUCUGCUACUACAACAACUACAACAUCAACCAGCCGCGCCACUUCUGCAAGAACUGCCAGAGGUACUGGACGGCCGGCGGGGCCAUGCGCAACGUGCCCGUGGGCGCGGGCCGCCGCAAGAGCAAGAGCAUAUCGGCCGCGUCCCACUUCCUUCAGAGGAUAAGGGCCGCUCUGCCCGGUGAUCCUCUCUGCACCCCGGUCAACACUAACGGCACGGUGCUCAGCUUCGGCUCCGACGCAUCCACCUUGGACGUCGUCUCAGAACAGAUGAAGCACAUGAAGGAGCUCAGCUCAGUAACCCGGACCGAGAACACCGAUGCCCCGUCAGUAGGGUCUUGUGCUGAAGGAUGGGCAAAGGGAGAAGAGUCGAGCCAGAUGAACUCGAGGGAGAGAGUUGCAGCAGAUAGAUCGCCAAAUUUUGCGCAGCACCCGUGCAUGAACGGGGCAGCCAUGUGGCCAUUCAGUUGUGCACCAUCGCCUGCCUAUUUCACCCCAAACGUAGCAAUUCCAUUCUAUCCAGCUGCUGCUGCUGCCUACUGGGGCUGCAUGGUUCCGGGAGCCUGGAACACUCCAUGGCAGCCGCAGCCGCAGCCGCAGCCGCAGUCUCAGUGUCAAUCUAGCUCACCACCUAGUGCCGCUUCUCCGGUAUCAACAAUGUCCAGUUGCUUCCAAUCCCGGAAGCAUCCUAGAGAUGGUGAUGAGGAAAGAGAUACCAAGGGUAAUGGCAAGGUGUGGGUGCCCAAGACGAUCCGGAUCGAUGACGUAGAUGAGGUGGCCAGGAGUUCUAUCUGGUCACUUAUUGGGAUCAAGGGCGACAAGGUGGGCACGGAUGAUGGCAGAGGGUGUAAGCUUGCAAGGGUUUUUGAUCCGAAGGAUGAGGCGAAGACGACAACUCACAGAGUCGACAAUAGCCUGCCAUUCUCGAAGGGGAACCCAGCUGCACUGUCGCGCUCAGUGAACUUCCAAGAGAGAUCUUGAGCACCAUCUUCAUGCUGCCUUCUGCUACUAUAAAACAUGUAGCAUGAUACAGCUGAAAUUUUGUACAUUAGAUAAUUGUAUACUAGAUAAGAGACAUGAGUGUUCAACAUAGCUAUAAUCAGAUCCUGUAACUGUAGCUGUACUAGGUAACUUGUAGAUAGCUAUUUGGGUUGGGGAAGAUUGGGAGCAGAAGUUCCCGUAUCUGUAGAUAAAUAUGGUAUAUUGAUUGGAAUAUUUGGCAGGAAUAUCUUUGGGCGAUAGCACCUAAACAAUUGGUAGCUGUCUGAUUCCAUUGUAUAAAAAUAUUCAGUCCACUGCAUCCUUGGAAAUGUGAUACUAUGUGUACAUA